CCACCUCCCAGCCGGGCCUGGGCCCUUCUGUGCCUCCCUUGGCCUUUGUCCGGCGCCAGGAGACCGGUCCCGCGCCCCCCGCGGCCGCCCGGGCCCGGGCCCGCGUCGGGCGCCUGGCUCUGUACGCGAGCCCGGGGAUCUGCGGCCUCCGAGGCCCCCCUCCCCCGCCCGCCCUCUCGUGGAGCCCAGCGCCGGCGGCGGCUGCCCGGGCGGGGGGUUGCGGUGCUCAGGAGAGGCCCCGGCUCCGCCCCGGGCCUGCCCAGGGGGAGAGCAGAGCGGUCCGCAGCCGGGUCGGGUCGGGGCCCCUCCCGGGAGGAGAGUGGAGCGGCGGCAGCGGCGGCGGCAGUAGAAAUGAUGGAAGAAUUGCAUAGCCUGGACCCCCGACGGCAGGAAUUAUUAGAGGCCAGGUUUACUGGAGUUGGUGUUAGUAAGGGGCCACUCAAUAGUGAGUCUUCCAACCAGAGCUUGUGCAGCGUGGGGUCGUUGAGUGAUAAAGAAGUAGAGACUCCUGAGAAAAAACAGAAUGACCAGCGAAACCGGAAAAGAAAAGCUGAACCAUAUGAAACUAGCCAAGGGAAAGGCACUCCUAGGGGACAUAAAAUUAGUGAUUACUUUGAGUUUGCUGGGGGAAGCGGGCCAGGAACCAGCCCUGGCAGAAGUGUUCUACCAGUUGCACGAUCCUCACCGCAACAUUCCUUAUCCAAUCCCUUACCGCGGCGAGUAGAACAGCCCCUCUAUGGUUUAGAUGGCAGUGCUGCAAAGGAGGUACCAGAGGAGCAGUCUGCUCUGCCAACCCUGAUGUCAGUGAUGCUGGCAAAACCGCGGCUCGACACAGAGCAGCUGGCACAGAGGGGAGCUGGCCUCUGCUUCACUUUUGUUUCAGCUCAGCAAAACAGUCCCUCAUCUACGGGAUCUGGCAACACAGAGCAUUCCUGCAGCUCCCAAAAGCAGAUCUCCAUCCAGCACAGACAGACCCAGUCUGACCUCACAAUAGAAAAAAUAUCUGCACUAGAAAACAGUAAGAAUUCUGACUUAGAGAAGAAGGAAGGAAGAAUAGAUGAUUUGUUAAGAGCCAAUUGUGAUUUGAGACGGCAGAUUGAUGAACAGCAAAAGAUGCUAGAGAAAUACAAAGAACGAUUAAAUCGAUGUGUGACAAUGAGCAAGAAGCUCCUUAUAGAAAAGUCAAAACAAGAGAAGAUGGCAUGUAGAGAUAAAAGCAUGCAAGAUCGCUUGAGAUUGGGCCACUUUACCACUGUCCGACAUGGGGCCUCGUUCACUGAACAGUGGACAGACGGUUAUGCUUUCCAGAACCUUAUCAAGCAACAGGAAAGGAUAAAUUCACAGAGGGAAGAGAUAGAAAGACAACGAAAAAUGUUAGCAAAGCGGAAACCUCCUGCCAUGGGACAGGCCCCUCCAGCAACCAAUGAGCAGAAACAGCGGAAAAGCAAAACCAACGGAGCUGAGAAUGAAACGUUAACAUUAGCAGAAUACCACGAACAAGAAGAAAUCUUCAAACUCAGAUUGGGUCAUCUUAAAAAGGAGGAAGCAGAGAUCCAGGCAGAGCUGGAAAGGCUAGAAAGGGUUAGAAAUCUACAUAUCAGGGAACUAAAAAGGAUACAUAAUGAAGAUAAUUCACAAUUUAAAGAUCAUCCAACGCUAAAUGACAGAUAUUUGUUGUUACAUCUUUUGGGUAGAGGAGGUUUCAGUGAAGUUUACAAGGCAUUUGAUCUAACAGAACAAAGAUAUGUAGCUGUGAAAAUUCACCAGUUAAAUAAAAACUGGAGAGAUGAGAAAAAGGAGAAUUACCACAAGCAUGCAUGUAGGGAGUACCGGAUUCACAAAGAACUGGAUCAUCCCAGAAUAGUUAAACUGUAUGAUUACUUUUCACUGGACACUGACUCGUUUUGUACAGUAUUGGAAUACUGUGAGGGAAAUGAUCUGGACUUCUACCUGAAACAGCACAAAUUAAUGUCGGAGAAAGAGGCCCGAUCCAUUAUCAUGCAGAUUGUGAAUGCUUUAAAGUACUUAAAUGAAAUAAAACCUCCCAUCAUACACUAUGACCUCAAACCAGGUAAUAUUCUUUUAGUAAAUGGUACAGCAUGUGGAGAGAUAAAAAUCACAGAUUUUGGUCUUUCCAAGAUCAUGGAUGAUGAUAGCUACAAUUCAGUGGAUGGCAUGGAGCUAACAUCACAAGGUGCUGGUACUUACUGGUAUUUACCACCAGAGUGUUUUGUGGUUGGGAAAGAACCACCAAAGAUCUCAAAUAAAGUUGACGUCUGGUCAGUGGGUGUGAUCUUCUACCAGUGUCUUUAUGGAAGGAAGCCGUUUGGCCAUAACCAGUCCCAGCAAGACAUUCUACAAGAAAAUACUAUCCUCAAAGCUACUGAAGUGCAGUUCCCGCCAAAGCCAGUAGUAACACCUGAAGCAAAGGCGUUUAUUCGACGAUGCUUGGCCUACCGAAAGGAGGACCGCAUCGACGUCCAGCAGUUGGCCUGUGACCCCUACUUGCUUCCUCACAUCCGAAAGUCGGUCUCCACAAGUAGCCCUGCUGGAGCUGCUAUUGCAUCAACCUCUGGGGCGUCCAAUAACAGUUCUUCGAAUUGAGACCCACUCCUAGCCACAAACUGUUCAACACACACAAAGUGGACUAAUGGCAUUCAGCAGCGGGUUUGGAACAUAGCGAAUCCAAAUGGAUCUCAUGAAACCUGUACCAGGUGCUUUUAUUUUCUUGCUUUUUUCCCAUCCAUAGAGCAUGACAGCAUCGAUUCUCAUUGAGGAGAAACCUUGGGCAGCUCUGGCCAGGCCUCGUAGGAAAAGGCCCCGCCCAAGGUUCCGGCGUCAACGGCCACUGCGUGUGGCUGCUCUGAGUGAGGAAAAAAUUUAAAAGAAAAACUGGUUCCAUGUACUGUGAACUUGAAAACAUGCAGACUCAGGGGGGGUCCCUGAUGCAGUGCUUCAGAUGAAGAAUGUGGACUUGAAAAUACAAGACUGGGCUAGUCCAGUGUCUAUAUUUAAACUUGUUCUUUUCUUUUAAUAAAGUUUAGGUAACAUCUCCUGAAAAGCUUGUAGCACAAAGGCUCGGCUGGGGAUGGUGUUUGACUUCGGAGGAAAAAAGUUGCUAUUGCCCGUUAAAGGCACUAGAGUUAGUGUUUUAUCCCUAAAUAAUUUCAGUUUUUAAAAACAUGCAGCUUCCCUCUCCUCUUUUUUAUUUUUGAAAGAAUACAUUUGGUCAUAAAGUGAAACCCGUAUUAGCAAGUACGUGGCAAUGUUCAUUCCAGUCAGAUGCAGCUUUCUCCUCCGUCUGGUCUCCUGUUUGCAAUUGCUUCCCUCAUCUCAGUAGGGAAAAAAAAUGAGUGGGAGUACUGAGAUGUGUGGGUUUUUGCCAUUGGACAAAGAAUGAGGUUAGAACUCUGCAGCUUGGAGUCUCUCUUGGUUUUCAACUAUUUCUUCACAAUUUGAACACUUGACGGUUGUCCCUUUUAAUUUAUUUGAAGUGCUAUUUUUUUAAAUAAAGGUUCAUCUGUCCAUGCAGUCCUCUUG